AUGGCCAGUCACCAGGCAGCACAAGAGGCAAAAUCUGAGAGCAAUAUCCGGGAGCGUCAGUGGACUGGUGGUGGGCACGCCGUGCUGCAGCACCUCACCACGUAUGAGGAGCAGGCAUGCUGUCUCCAAGCAACCCUUGCCGCUCGCGUUCCGUCUCCUAGCAACCGGAUCCGGGCAGGGAGCUGUCCGCAAGGCUCUGGUGCUGAUGAGACAGAGACUCGGGAGAUUCGGCAGCGCUCACCCUGCCAAAUCAAUCCGCUUAAAUACACCCGGGAAACCCGCAUCUGUGCGGCAGCCAGCGGGCGUCAGACAUCGAGCUUCCAGAGAAGCUGCAAAUUUGACCUGACUGACAUCUGCCCAGAGGGGAGCCAUCAGACUGUGCACCCAAAACCCGAUGAAACGGCCACUGAAGAUCAAGUGCCAGGAGCAGCUGAGACCAGUCCCCAUCAGCAGGAGGAAGAGAUUUUGAAGAUUGAGUUGGAUCAAGGAUGUAAGUGUUCAAAACAUCUGCACUUAGCGGAAGAUGUUGUUGGGUUGCUGCUAAUUUACAGAUGCUCAGUCUCCUUUUUGUUCGAGCCACAGUCUCAGACGUGCCUAGUAACUGCUAUCAUGCCUAAACGAAGUAAAGACGUAGAGUUAGUCCAUCUCGUUCGUGAUGUGCCACUGACACCCAGAAGCGCCACUCCUAAUUCCCAGUAUGCUUUAGAUUUACCCAAUGUGCCCAGCUACCGCACUUCCAGCUCUCGGUUACCUCCACUUAGCCCUAGGAAGCAAGCAUCUGGGGUCAUAAACCCCAACUUCUUGACUGAGGAAUGGUCUCCAUUGCAUUGUAUAGAUCCUCAUGCUACCUCACAGCCCUCAGUCAACAUCAAAGAUGUGGAUUCUGAAGGGAAUACCUUAACAACAGAGCAUGGCAAGUUGCCACCAAUUAAAGGACAUUGUUCACCGUACAAGAGUCGGACACUAACAGUGCCUGGUGUCCCCAAGUCAUCACAAAGUUCCAGAGAUAAACAGGGUUCAACAACAAGUAUUACCAGUGCUAUCAUUAAUGAACGUCUCCAAGAGCUGGUGAGAAGCUUUAAGGCACGAACAGAACUGGUGAAGGAAAAGCUCAUUGACCCUGAUGCAUCUGAAGAUGAAGAAAGUCCAUCUGCAUCACCAGUCAAGAAGGCCCCAGAAGCUCCUCCCCCACCCCCACAGGAGGAAAAAGAGGAGGAAGAAGAUCACUACUGUGAAAUGAUGUGCUGCCGGUUUAAAACUAAACCUUGGAUCAAGCGGAUUAAAUCAGUUGGGCUUCCAUCAAGCGUUGAUCCCUUCAGCAAUCCAUCAUACGUACUGUGGUUAUCCAUUGUGGUGUUGGCCUGGAAUUGGAACGUUUGGCUCAUCCCUGUGCGUUGUACCUUUCCCUAUCAAACACCUGAUAACAUCCACCUGUGGCUGUUGAUGGAUUAUUUCUGUGAUCUGAUUUACCUGAUAGACAUAAUUGUUUUCCAAUCCCGUCUCCAGUUCGUACAAGGAGGAGACAUUAUAACAGCAAGGAAGCCUAUGAGAGAAAAUUACUUGAAAACCCCGAAAUUCAAGAUGGACUUAGUGUCUCUUUUUCCCCUGGACAUUUUGUACAUUAAGCUAGGUUUCAGAACUUUUUUGAGGUUUCCACGCCUCUUGAAGUACAUGACCUUUUUUGAAUUUAAUGACCGACUGGAAGCAGUAAUGAGCAAGGCCUAUAUAUAUAGAGUGAUUAGGACCACAAUAUACCUACUGUACAGCCUCCAUAUAAAUACCUGUCUGUACUACUGGGCAUCUGACUAUGAAGGAAUUGGAGCUACAAAGUGGGUCUAUGACGGUGAGGGUAACAGUUACAUGAGGUGCUAUUACUGGGCUGUGAAGACCCUGAUUACAAUUGGAGGGCUACCGGACCCACAGACAGUGUUUGAAAUUCUCUUUCAACUUGUCAACUACUUCAUGGGAGUCUUCAUCUUCUCCAUCAUGAUUGGUCAGAUGAGAGAUGUGGUGGGCGCAGCUACUGCUGGACAGACAUAUUAUCGAAACUGCAUGGAUAGCACUGUGAAUUAUAUGAACUCCUACAAAAUUUCCCGAUUCGUCCAAAACCGGGUGCGGAAGUGGUAUGAAUUCACAUGGGCAUCACAAGGAAUGCUGGAUGAGAGGGAGCUUUUGGUGCAGCUCCCUGACAAGAUGAGACUGGACAUCGCCAUUGAUGUUAACUACAGCAUUGUCAGUAAAGUGGCACUGUUUCAGGGUUGUGACAGACAGAUGAUCUAUGACAUGCUGAAUCGACUGAAGUCAGUAGUAUACCUGCCUGGAGACAAUGUGUGUAAGAAGGGAGAGAUUGGGAGAGAAAUGUAUAUCAUUAAAGCUGGAGAGGUCCAGGUUGUUGGUGGUCCUGAUGGAAAGACUGUAUUUGUGACUCUAGGAGCAGGCUCAGUGUUUGGUGAGAUCAGUUUGCUGUCGGUGGGAGGCGGGAAUCGACGGACUGCAAACGUUGUUGCUCAUGGAUUUGCAAACCUCUUCAUUCUUGACAAGAAAGACUUGAAUGACAUUCUAAUCCACUAUCCGGAUUCUCAGAAACUGCUGCGAAAGAAAGCUAAAAAACUGCUUUCCAAAGAUGACAAAAAAGAUAUAAAGCCAGGCCCAAAAGGAUUUCUGCACAUCAUCCCACCAAGACCGGACACUCCCAAAUUAUUCCUGGCGGCCCUCUCAUUAACGGACAAACUCGGAUUCAAGGGAACGUUCUCACUUAUUAAAAAGAAACUCACUGAACCUGACAGAAUGAAGGUGGGAUUAUGA